GCGAGAUUUUUGACCAAAAGUGCACCGCGUGGCCUGGACUCGCCGUGACCAACUAAUGAUUUCCCUACUCGCUGCGUCAACUCCCGAGCUCGGUUUGCCAGUCGCCAGUAAUACCUUUCCUUUAUUAUUUUUAUCCCAUUCAGAAACAACCAGAAACGUUAAUGCCUGUCAGGGAACUGAGGAUUGGAGCAAGAGGAAAAAAUAGUUGCUAUCAACAGAGCAUCAGUCCAUGUUAUAAGUGAGGUUAACCACACUAACUAGUAAUGUGUAACUAGGAAUAUGGGAUUCACUCGCCAGGAACUCAUCACACCAACGCAGUAUUUCUCAUAAGUCUCAUUAUUGUUGUAUGCAUGUUAUUAGACAAUUACAAACGAU